UAUCAUUUUAAAAAAUUAAAGCCAAAAAAAUAUCUAUAAAACCAAAUCUCCUAAAUUAUAAUUAACUGAUUUUUCUGUUGCAUGCAUUUGGAUUUUGCUUAUAUUCUAUGUUGCAUGCAAACUCAAGGCGACGUGUUUUUCAAUGAACUCAAUAUUCUUCCUAAGGAAUUUUAAGGAAUCCUGCCAUAUAAAGAAUAUUGGAGAAUUACAGUUAAAAUUCAUCCAAGCCCGAGAGCUCUUGUUAUUUGAAAACUCAGUGGCAAUGGCGGCCAAGGUGAUUCAUGAGUUUAUCUUCGCUGUUACUCUCAUUGCUUUGCUGGUGGAUUUGUGCUGGGCAACCCAGAGAAUUUCUGAUAAAAGUUCAGCAAAGUUACUAGACGUCAUGGCAUAUGGUGCAGUUGGUGAUGGAUCCACAGAUGAUAGCCCGGCUUUCAUGAGAGCUUGGGAGGCAGCAUGCAAGUCAUCCUCUAAUGGGAAGAUGGUGGUAACAAGUGGAAUGAAGUUCCUGCUCAAUCCUACCACAUUCUCUGGCCCUUGCAACUCUCCUGUUCAAGUCCAUAUUCGAGGAGUAAUAAUUGCUCCACAGCAAUCUGCAUGGAAAAAUGGAGAUACAAGUAAGUGGCUUGAGUUCUCAGGAAUCACUGGCCUCCGAAUAGGUGGUGGAGGUAUCAUAAAUGGCCAAGGCCAUCUUUGGUGGGAAAAAUCUUGCAAAGUUAACAAGAAAAAUCCUUGCAGGAAGGCACCCACGGCAAUGUAUAUUCAUAGUUGCAAGGACGUUGUGGUGAAAAAUCUGCAGUUUGUGAAUAGCCAACAAAUGCAUCUUGCCAUUUUUUACUCGUCUGGAAUCCAUGUGAGUGCACUCACAAUAAGAGCUCCAAAAGAAAGCCCAAACACUGAUGGCAUUCAUCUACAGGGGGUUACCGAUGCAAAUGUUUAUAACUGUGACAUUGCAACAGGGGAUGAUUGCGUCUCCAUAACGUCUGGAAUGUCCAGAACAUAUAAUGUUCUUAUUCAAAGCAUCAAAUGUGGACCAGGACACGGCAUCAGCAUUGGAAGCCUAGGAAAGGGUGGAGAGAAAGCAAGCGUGGAGAAAAUCAGAGUCAGAGAUGUUGUGUUUGAUGGAUCAGACAAUGGAGCUAGAAUCAAGACUUGGCAGGGUGGUUCCGGGUAUGCAAGAAAAAUUGUAUUUUCAAACAUUACGGUUAAAAAUGUUGGUUAUCCGAUCAUUAUAGAUCAAAAUUACUGCGACUCUUCUAAACCCUGCAAGAUUAAUCAGAAAUCAGCAGUGCAAAUUGAAUAUGUUACUUUUGAAAAUAUCAGAGGGACAUCAACGCAGGAGCAAGCGGUGAAAUUUUUAUGCAGUCAGAGUGUUCCAUGCAAAGAUAUUAUUGUGAGAAAUGUAGAUAUAAAAUCAGUGGUGUCAUCUUCGACAAUAUCUGUGUGCCUCAAUUCUUAUGGCUCAGCUUUUGGGCAUGUCAACCCACUAAGUUGUCUUCAGAGGUUGUGAUUUCUUUUCUCAUCAAUAUUCUAUAUACCUAAAAUCACCAUCAUAAGGAUUUUAAAAUGUAGCCAAACUUUAAGAGAUUCUCUUAUAAAAU